UCUGCCUUCUGGGUGCUGGGAUUAAGGGCAUGUACCACUACCACCUGGUUGCAUUUUCUUAAUUAGUGACUCAGGGGAAGAGUCCAGCCCAUUGAGGGUGGGGCAACCUGUGGUUCUGAGUCCUAUAAUAAAGCAGGCUGAGCAAGCCAUGAGUAGCCAGUAAGCAACACCUUCCAUGGCCUCUAUCAGCUCCUGCCUCCAGGUUCCUGUCCUGUGAGUGGCUUCCCUCUGGACUGUGAUUCUGGAUAUGGAAACCAAACAAACCCUUUCCUCCCCUGUUGUGUUGGUCAUAGUAACUAACUGGGACAGCAUGGAUUGCAGGCCAAAGACGUUGGAACUGUAGUUGCCGACAGUUGGGAGCCACCUGAUGUGGGUUCUGGAAACUGUGCUCUCAACCUCUGAGCUUUCUCCAGCUACCUCCAAUACCGAUUGGAACUAGGUCUGAGGCACGUGGGCAAUUAUAUUGGACACCGUGUUGGUAACAAGAUGGUGUACAAAAACCAUCUGAUGCCGGUUAGACUGCAGCCUGCUGAGCUCCCCAAGGACUAGAACAAGAUAACCGUAUUAUCUCCCCUGAACAGAACCAUGCCUGUGCUCGAGCAAAAGGCAGUCCAGGGCAGGAACUGGGCCAGUUUAUCACUUCAGCGCCUGCUGUCACUCAGGAGUCGCUGGGCGGCUCUAGCCAAUCAGGGCCUCCAGGCUCACACUGUUCAAUGAAAAGCGUCGUGGGGCCGCGGGAGGCGGGGUCUGCCUGGCCGCCAUGCAGUGGACUGAGCUCCGCAGCUGAGGGAGGCCCCGUGGGUGCGUGUGCCGCGAUCUGAGGAGAGUGCAGGCGAAGUCGGACGCCGUGACAUGGCCUCAGUGAGCUUUGAGGACGUGGCUGUGCACUUCACCCAGGAAGAGUGGGCUUUGCUGGAUCCUUCCCAGAAGAGUCUGUACAGAGAUGUGAUGCAGGAGACCUGCAGGAACCUGGCUGCGAUAGGAAACAAAUGGGAAGAGGAGAAUGUUGAAGGCUGUCAUAAAAUUCCUGGAAGAAAUCUAAGAAGUUCCAUGUUAGAGACCCCUCAUGAGAAUACAGGAGAUGGUCAGGAUGAAGAAACCGUGAUGUGGAUAGCAGAUCUCCAUACAAGCAUGGCAGUUUUUCCCGAACUAACACAAUGUGAAUCCAAUGUGUGUGGAAAGAUUUCCAUGUGUCCUUCAUCUUCUUGUAGGCAUGCCACAUCUCACUCUCAUUAUAAAUCACAUGAUCAUGAGGAAUGUGGAGGCAAUCAGUAUGACUUGAAUUCUCUCACCAGCUUUCAAAGGUGUAUGGGAGCUCACACUGGGAAUGGGCCUUGUGAAUGUGAGGUAUGUUUAAAAGCUUUCUGUUUUCCAAAUUCAUUAGGAAUACAUCAAGAGGCUCACAGUGGAAAAACACCCUAUCGAUACAAGGAAUGUGGGAAGGCCUCUCUUUAUACACACAGAGGAACACACACUAUGGGAAAGCUUUAUGAAUGCAAUAUAUGUGGUAAAGCUUUGAGUUCUUCUACUUCCCUUCAAAGACAUGAAAUAAUUCACACUGAAAGACUCUAUGAAUGUACAUAUUGUGGUAAAGGCUUUAAAUAUCCCAAGUAUCUUCGAUUACAUGAAAGAAUUCAUACUGGAGAGAAACCCUAUGAAUGUAAACAGUGUGGUAAAGCCUUUAGAUUUCCUGGUGCCUUGCCACUACAUGAAAAAAUUCAUACUGGAGAAAAACCCUAUGAAUGUAAACAAUGUGGUAAAGCCUUUAGAUUUCCUGGUUCCUUGCCAUUACAUGAAAAAAUUCAUACUGGGGAAAAGCCUUAUGAAUGUAAACAGUGUGGUAAAGCUUUUAGGCGUCACUAUCAUCUUCAGUUACAUGAAAAAAUUCAUACUGGAGAAAAACCUUAUGAAUGUAAACAAUGUGGAAAAGCCUUCAGACGGCACAGUCAUCUUCAGAGACAUGAACGAACUCAUGCUCGAGAGAAACCCUAUGAGUGUAAAUAAUGUGCUAAAGCCUUUACACUUCACAGUUAUCUUCUGUCACAUGAAAGAAUUCAUACUGGAGAAAACAAAUGCUGUGGGUGUAAACAGUGCUGGAAAACCUCUAGGUUUAAUGGGUCCUUGCAAUUACAUGAAAUCAAUCAUAUUAGAUGCAAACCCUAUGAAGUAAACACUGUAGUAAAGCCUUUAGAUAGUCACUUCAGCUUCAUAAAGAAAUGUAUACUGGAGAAAGCUGUGUGACUGUGGACAUUGUGCUGAGGCUCUUAGAUGUUACACUUGGUACUUACAAAAAAAAAAAAAAAAACUCAUUCUGGAAGAAAAUCCUCUGAAUGUAAAUAGUAUGGCUAAAAGAUCACAUAUCACAGUGUUCUUCAGACAUGGGUUCUUCAGAUGUAACUCAUGGGAGAAAAACCCUAUAAAUGUAAAAUAUAUGCAUAUAUAAAUCCUUUGUAUAGAACAGAUCUCUUCAGUUCUUUCAUACUCAAUAAAACCUCUAAGGAUGUGAA